AUGGAUUGUCUUACUGCCAUUGUUUCUGGGAUUGCUGGGAAUAUUGUUGAGUACACAAUUGAACCAGCAGUUGGGCGCCAAAUGGAUUAUCUAGUUCACCACGAAAGCAACCUUCAAAAUCUAGAGAGUCAGGUAGACAACUUAGGUGCUGCCAUGAAACGGUUCAACAUGCUUUUAAUAAAGUUAAACGAAAAGAUGAAAGCCAAGCAAAGACACAGUGUCUCCACGGGUAGUGUCCUAAUCUGA